CGUCAUUUACGAGUCUGAAGCGGGCUCGGCGUUGCGCCAACAGCUCUCCCGCUCCACACAACCGCAGAUCGACCGUGCGAGCACGGCACGGCCCAACGACGGACCACGCGCACUGAUUUUCAGUGCGACGGACGCUCGUUGGCGCACCACAAUCGAAUCCCCCGUGGGUUGAGAGCGCUCCUCCCUUUUUGAAGGGCUCAUUACGGAUAGCCAUCGUCUAGAAUGAGUGCAGGGGUCAUCAUCGGUAUUAUCGCGGGCGUGCUCGUGGUGCUGGGCGUCGCCGGCUUCUUCGUCUACCGCUACAUGAACUCCCAGGCCCAGACGGACGAGAAGCAGUUCAUGCAGGACUACCCGACGUCCAAGGUCACGACUUCAGAGCCCAAUCAAAUGUCCGAUACCGUCGCACAGAACACCCCAACCGAGUACGACUUCACCACGCUGGACGCGCCGUCCACCAAGGCCACACCCGACCCGUUGGCGUCGUCGAUCGCCAUGCUCCACGCUGUGCCCGGCGGCUCGCCUAGUCCGUCGCAGGAACCGACCCGGUACAAUUUCGACCCAGCGCAGUCCACGGUUAACGGCGCCGCGCCAUCCACGUCACCCUUUAACAAGAAGGAAUCGGUGCAGGCGUCGCGUCCUAGUAACAGCAACUUCGAAGCCCACUCGAUGGAGUUCAACGCUGCACCCGGUAGCUACGCAGAGUCGUACAAUGAAUCCUACGCCGGUUCGUUUGCAGGUUCUAUGGCCGGGUCGUACGCUAACUCGUUCUCAGGAACGUACAAUGGUCAGGGAGUGCUCAACUCGUUCGAUGGAAGCGUCGACGACUUUGGGCGCGAUACCGUGGGCACGACUGUUUCGGAGGCGCUGGAUCGACAGAGCGAAGUGCCUGGAGGAGACCACGAACAGUCCCACUGGAUGGACGAUAUGCGGGGCACCAACGACAGCUACGCUAUGCUCGAGUCAGGAUCAUUUGACCGCACGUCGGCGCUCUCGCGUUUCUCCACGGACUCAGACCUCACAGGCCGCCCCACGCAGUCAUAAGCCAGCGAGAGAAGGAAGAGAGGGAUGUGUAUCUAUAGUAACUGGUUAGGAGUGUCGAGCACUCAAAUGGUGAGCAGUGAAACAAAGUUUUGAAUGCUGAGUGAAUAUCAAGUGCAACACUGCGAUACCAUUUUUUCUUAGAGUUUUUUUUUCUGUAAAGGGGUGAAAUAGCGUU